AUGGCACAGCAGAGUGUUGCGUUGCCGUACACCGGCUGGGGCGACGUAAUCCGUGAUAUUCCUCCAGUGGCAUGGGGCGCAGUAGGAGUCGCUCUGGCGCUGGGUCUUUCGGCCAUCGGCGCUGCAUGGGGGAUAUUCAUAACAGGCAGCAGUCUGUUAGGUGCAGCUGUGAAGUCCCCCAGGAUACGCUCCAAGAACUUGGUGUCUGUAAUAUUUUGCGAGGCCACUGCAAUAUACGGUGUUAUUAUUGCCAUUUUGAUUGCCAGCAAGCUUGAUGGCGUCCCUCCCGAUUUCAUCCAGAGCAUGAUGGAUCCCACAAAAAUCGAAAAGUGGCAGGCGGAUGCCAUUGCAGCUGGGUGGGGUCUUUUGGCUACGGGGCUCACUGUUGGGCUCUCCAAUGUUUUCUCUGGGAUUUCGGUGGGCGUGGCAGGCAGCGGAGCAGCUUUAGGUGAUGCUCAGAGGCCCGAAAUCUUCGUCAAGAUGCUUAUAGUCGAGAUUUUCGCAUCGGCACUUGGACUAUUUGGUGUCAUCAUUGGACUCCUCCAGCUGAACCUUGUGAACUUUACGCGGCCGGCUAGAACAUGA